AUGACGACAUCGAACGAAAAGCAUUCCACCACGAGAAAGGAAACCAAGUCAAUGCGAACAAGAGAAGGAACAACACACGAAAACGUUGCUGGUUAUUCCCCACCUUUCUCCGCCCACCAAUCAUCCUCCUCCGGCAGCACAACUCCGGAUUGGCGUGGCCAUCAAAGGACCAGGACGCGACUCCUCUCGUCUGCGGGUUUGUUCUUGCGGACCAUGGACGACGGGGACAUAGAUUUCACCAAUCCGGAGACGUACCUGCACCCGGCCAUGGACAGCUACUUUGACGACAUCCUGAAAGACCCGGAGCACCUCGCAUGUACUCACACCCACGCCAGCUGCAACCCGCAUGUACGCCAUGACCUUGCCCACCACACCCAGACCUGCGUCCAUGUCCACACCAAGAUCCUCCGGGAGGAGUCGGAUGAUGUCCCCGAGACCUCCGAGUCGCCGCAAGAGAAUAACGGCCCCAAGAAGCGCCCGCCAGGUAACCGGGCAGCUGUGAGGAAGUACCGUGAGAAGAAGAAGGCCCACACGACUUUGCUGGAGGAAGAGGUGGCUCGCCUCAAGGCUUUAAACAAGCAGCUCGUGAGGAGGCUUCAGAGUCACUCGGCGCUCGAGGCUGAGGCCUCCAGGCUCCGCUGCCUGCUUGUCGACAUUAGAGGGAGGAUCGACGGAGAGCUUGGUGCUUUCCCUUACAAGCGGCCAGUGAAGAACAAGGAUUUGGCUGACCAAGGAAGUUCCCUUGGUGGUGCCCGGCAGGUUAGGCUCAGAUGCAACGAUCCGCCCUACUGCAGUCCAGAGAUGCAGGCCAUGACAAUGGAUGACGAUGAUGUUAUGAGUAGCGAGGUGUUGGGUCAAGGUGCCGGUGAUAUUGCAAACAACCAGUGGCUCCAAGGUUUGCCAGAUGAUGUAAAGAGGUGA